AUGGCUGGAGACGCCCCGCGCAAGUGCGCCGGCACAGACUGCGAAAACGACGCUGGCUCGCUGCAAUGCCCGAACUGCCAGAAGCUGGGCAAGGAGAGCUACUUCUGCUCGCAAGAAUGCUUCAAGCGCAACUGGGCCGAGCACAAGAAACAGCACAAGUCGCAAAACGGUAUUCUCUCCAACAUCUUCACGCCGAAAGUAGUUUCUAAACCGGAUCCAGCGACUGGGCAUUUCAACCCUUUCCCCACGUUCCCUUACACUGGAACCCUUCGACCCGUAUACCCGCUGUCGCCAAAGCGCGAAGUCAAGAAGAGCGUCAAGCUCCCAGAUUACUCGAAGGACGGCAUUCCGCGCUCGGAACAGGUCUUCGUGAACAGGAACAAGAUCGCCAUUCUUACGAAGGAGGAGCAAGAUGGUAUGCGCAAGGUGUGUCGGUUAGCGCGUGAGGUUCUGGACAUUGCGGCGGCGGCGGCGAAGCCUGGUGUGACCACCGACUACAUUGAUGAGAUCGUCCACAACGCUUGCAUGGAGCGCGACUCAUACCCGUCCCCCCUCAAUUACUGCCACUUUCCCAAGUCAGUGUGUACAUCGAUCAACGAGGUCAUUUGCCACGGCAUCCCGGAUCAGCGAGUUCUCAAGGACGGCGAUAUCCUGAACAUUGAUGUCACUCUCUAUCACGGCGGAUUCCACGGCGAUCUGAACGAGACAUACUAUAUUGGUGAUAAGGCUCUGGCGAACCCAGACGCAGUGCGCGUUACGGAAACAGCGCGAGAAUGCUUAGACCAGGCCAUCGAGCUCGUCAAGCCGGGCACGCUCUUCCGCGAGUACGGCAAUGUUAUCGAGAAGCACGCCAAGAGCCAGAAAUGCGGUGUCAUCAGGACAUACUGUGGUCACGGUAUCAACCAGCUCUUCCACUGCGCCCCCAACGUCCCCCACUACGCAAAGAACAAAGCCAUCGGUCAAGCAAAGCCUGGCAUGUGCUUCACCAUUGAGCCUAUGAUUAGUAUUGGUUCUUACCGAGACAAGACAUGGCCAGACGACUGGACCAGCGCCACCGUGGACGGCUCCUUGACUGCUCAGUUUGAACAUACUCUGCUUGUCACUGAAGAUGGUGUCGAGGUCCUGACUGCAAGGCUCCCAAACUCGCCUGGUGGCCCGGUCCCCAGGGUUACGCCAGUGAGUGGUGAGGCAGCUGCAGCGGCAUGA